AUGGGUGAAGCUGAAGGUGUGGAGGUGCAGAGAGGGCCACUCGGUGGAACCGUGAGUCGAUCUGAGUGGGAGACUGAGAUGUCUUGCCAGACCGGGAUGAACCAUCGCUGGUUUGUGGGUGGGCCUGAUGCAAAGGAGUGGAAGUUCAAAUGUGAAGCUGGAUUCAUGUACAGUGACCGCACCCCUGAGCAAGCAUCUGGCAAGAAGAUUGACAUCGUACCUCACACAGGUAUUGCAGUCUUUGGAAAGGAGUACUUUUUUGGAGGAGGUCCCCAGACUGGAAUUCCUGGGCAAUCCGUACCCGUGCCAGUAGCGCAGGUGCUGGAACUUGGCCAGACCUCCAAAACUUGUGAGGAGUUGGAAACGUACAUCCGCAACGUGCUGUCGUUGGAACAUACUGAGCAGAAGUAUGACCUGCUCAAGCACAACUGCAAUCACUAUGCAGAUGAUGUGGCAAAAUUUCUUUUGGAUGGAAGAGGAUUGCCAAGCAGUAUCGUCAACGUUGCAGAAGAAGCACUUUCUACCCCACAGGGUCAGUCCUUGAAAGUCAUGAUCGAGAACAUGGAACGAAGCAUGCGUUCAGGAGGUACAUCUAUGAAUCCCUUUGGUUCCGCUGCUCCGCCUGCAGUGCCUGCUCCCCUUGCUGCACCAGAUGAGUCUUCAGGAGAGUUGAAGGUUGCUCUUGCAGAGCUUGCCAAGAAUGAGACAGAGGUCCGAAGAACCGCCUUGCAGAUGCUGCUGAAGAUGACAAAGAACGUGGAGGAUAAUCCCAGUGAGACCAAGUUCCGGAGGAUUAAGAUGGCAAAUCCCGCCCAGAUCUCAGUUCUCAGCCAUGCUGUCACGAUGGUAGAGGGCCAACAACGCUGGCAGGGUAGCAUUGUGGUAGGAUUUGAGCCAAAGGCGAAAGGGCUCAGAAAUGGUUCAUGCAAAAACGACAUCAAACACCUGCAAUCAUACGGUCACAUUUACGUCUCCACAUUGUUUCAUACGUAUAAAUAUGACUAUGACUAUUCAUUACAAGAUUGUACAAGUACAUUUGCAUGUGGGCACAUAGAUACAUGUAAACGCAUUGUACAUGUAGCACAUAUGCAGAUGAACCCAUUAGAUUCUUACUAG